UCUUGCUGGAAAUGGAACUACAACUUCAUUCAACAAAUCACUUACCGAAACCCUACAGCCCAAAUGUGUGUUCUUUAACUUUUCAACAAAGGCAUUUAGCCCUGAUGGCUGCAUAACCCUGUGGGAAUUUGGUCAGAGUCACGUCACCUGCUCCUGUGACCACCUCACAUACUUCGGUGUGCUUUUGGUUUCUGCUAACGUCUCACCUAAAGACCGGGAGAUUAUGUCAUACAUCACUCUGAUUGGCUGUAGUCUUUCUCUGUUAACCCUGAUCAUCACUGUUCUGCUCUUCAUCACAAAUAGAAAAGCCAGAGCAGAUCUCUCUAUGAAGGUCCACAUCCACCUCGUCAUUGCCCUGAUCCUGCUCAACCUGCAUUUCCUCCCCAGCCAGGCGGCAGCACAGUCCUCCACUGGCUUUUGCCUUUACAUGGCCCUUUCUCUUCACUACUCCCUGCUGGCCACACUCAUCUGGAUGGCUCUGGAGGGGUUCCACCUCUACCUUCUCUUAGUCCGAGUCUUCAACAUCUAUAUCAGGAAAUACUUGCUCAAACUCAGCGUGGUGGGUUGGGGUAUCCCAGCAGUCAUUGUGUCCCUGGUGGUCAUCAUCGACAGAAGCUCGUAUGGACGUGUACCUCUGGACUCGACUAACCCCAACAGCACCGCAAUAUGCUAUAUAGUCAAUGACACAGUGAAGAUGGUGACUACAGUUGGAGUGCUUUGCUUGGUGUUCAUCUUUAACGUGGUCAUGUUAGUGGUGACAGUCAGACGCGUUGUGACUCUCCACCAGAGCAAAGAGUUUGGGCCGAGAGACCAUAACAGAGCCAAGCGAGACAUCUUUACCCUGCUGGGGGUCACCACUCUACUCGGCAUUACCUGGGGCCUGGUCUUCUUCUCAUUUGGCUACCUGACCACUGCUGGCCUCUACCUCUUCUGCAUCCUGAACUCACUGCAAGGUUUCUUCAUCUUCCUGUGGUUUGUGAUGUCUCUGAGAAAAAUUGGAAAACCAGCUGAUAACAGGAGUAGUGAAACACGCAGCACCAACGGCUAGGCCUAAACCCAACACACCAAGACAGUUUUCCUUCUGUGUGUGUGUGUGUGUGUGUGUGUGUGUGUGU